AUGAAAAUUCGCUUCGUCUUCAUCUUGUCUGUUUUAAUAAGUGGAGUGUGUUGCAUAAGGAAAAAUGUUUCGCGUCGUGUAGCUAACCGUAUGACAGCCCACUCAACAUUCCUAUUUGUACAUGAUAAAUUCAAAAGAAAUAAAAAUUUUAAAUUGAAAAAUAAUAAAGAAGAAAACAAUUUUAUAAAUUUAUAUACGGUGAAGAAUCCAUUAAAAUGUAAAGUUGUAGAUAAAAUUAAUUUAGUAAGACCAAAUUCACCUAAUGAAGUUUACCAUUUAGAAAUAAAUCAUAAUGGUCUCUUUAAAUAUCUGGAAGGCCAUACUUGUGGUAUUAUACCUUACUAUAAUGAACUUGAUAAUAAUACAAAUAACCAAAUUAAUAAAGAUCAUAAUAUAAUAAAUACCACUAAUAAUACAACUCAUAAUAAUAUCUCUCUUAGUCAAAUUAAAAAACAACGAUGUGCCAGGUUAUAUUCUAUAUCCUCUAGUAAUAAUACGGAGAAUUUGUCAGUUGCAGUAAAAAUACAUAAAUAUGAACAAACGGAAAAUGAUCCCAAUAUUACAAAUUAUGGUUAUUGUUCAGGUUUUAUAAAAAAUUUAAAAAUUAAUGAUGAUAUAUAUUUAACAGGUGCACAUGGAUAUUUUAAUUUACCAAAUGAUGCUAUAGCAAAAAAUACCAACUUUAUUUUUAUUGCAACAGGAACAGGUAUCUCUCCAUAUAUUUCAUUUUUAAAAAAAUUAUUUGCUUAUGAUAAAAAUAAUAUAUAUAAUAGAAAUAGUAAUUACACUGGGUACAUAACUAUUUAUUAUGGAGUAUAUAAUGAAGACUCAAUUUUAUAUUUAAACGAACUGGAAUAUUUUCAAAAAAUGUAUCCUAACAAUAUAAAUAUACAUUAUGUUUUCUCUUAUAAACAAAAUUCAGAUGCAACAAGUUUUUACGUGCAAGAUGAAAUAUACAAAAGGAAAACAGAAUUCUUAAACCUUUUCAAUAAUUAUAAAUGUGAAUUAUAUAUAUGUGGUCACAAAUCAAUAAGAUAUAAAGUUAUGGAUAUUUUGAAAAGUCAUGACCAAUUUGAUGAAAAGAAAAAGAAAAGGGUGCACGUUGAGGUGUACUAG